GCACCUGCAUUGUGUUCGCAUUGUGCAAGAAACGAUUGCAACCGAUUUCUACGCUUUCACUCUCAUUGCUUGUUGAGUGAAAUCCUCGUCGAACACUUCAAGUGAGCGUAGUUUGCCGGCGUAGUGCGAUUAGUGACCUCAACGAGAGUGCCUAGGUUUGUUGAUCGUUUUUGAAGAAAAAGCGGUCUGCCCUGAUUGCUUCAAAACUGAUCUCUGCGAGAGCCCACAGCGUGCUCGAGUCCUCUAUUUGGCGCUGCCCACUUAUGAGCCAAGGAGCGGCCGGUUAUACCGAGCGUGAUACUCACGAUGCCGUCGGCGUAGACCCACAAGCAUCAACGCGCUCGAGACGACUCCAGCAGGAGCCUGUUGUUCACAGUGACAAAACAGGGAAGUCCGAAGAUGCACCGAAUCGAGGCCUGAAGAGCGCAGUCCGAGCACCUUUUUCGCGCCGCCGUGGCUUUCCACGUCGUACGAACGGGCCGGGCAACGCGCCGGAAAGUGUGCCCUGCAAGUUCUUCUCGAGAGAUGGUCACUGUCGGAACGGCGACCGGUGCCGGUACUCGCACAGCCUAGAAGAUCCGUCUUCAGCUGCAACUUCAGCUGUUACUACAGUUACUACUGACAAACCGGUCGAAAGGGAGGUUGCAGACGUUGUUCCAGAUGACUGUACCGACAAGAGCGUCCAGCGGCCACUGCCGAAGGAGCCGUGCCGCUUUUUCGAACGCCACGGAUUCUGUCGCUACGGCCGCGGCUGCCGCUAUGCCCACAAGCGCCGUCGCGACCAGCACCAGGUUAAAAGCACUACUUCCCGAGUGCCGCGAGAAACCACCGUGAACGACUCACCGAAGCAGGAGAGUGACGUCCUCAAUCCGUCGGCGAGCGAUCAAACGCCUGCAGGAGCCGUCAGCGAAGUAGAGAACGGUGGCUCAGAGCAGCAACCACCGUCUGAAGAGGAGCUACUCAAGCAAUUGAGAGACAGGGAAAUUGACCAGUUUCGAAAGCGAUUCCGGAAAAGCAAGAAGGUACCUGCUGGGGACGGAAUCGACAAGUACAUUUUUGUGUUUGGACCCACUGAUCCUGAUUGGCCAUUUGAUGUCAAGGAGCUGACAAUGAUAGUGGCUUUCCCAAAAUUGUAUCCCAGCGAGUGCUUUUUGAUGUCUGUGCUUGAUGAAGAGGGUGUCUUACCUCCAACACUGCUGAGGGACCUCAACAAGGCUGUGAAGGCAUGGCUGGAUGAAAAACAUACCACAGCAAGUCAAGUUGGCCCAGGAUCACUUCUCUUGCGCCCAUUCCUUCGUUGGUUUGAUCGCAACCUUGAGGCACUCUUUAUUGAGAGCUUGAGGAAGGUGAAAAAGAUUCAGCUUGCCGAAGCUGCUGGCCUUGAAUUCGUGCCCUUUGAGCAACUGGCAGGUACUACAGCAGAAGGUGCGGCACCAACCGUAGAUGAGACAUUACCUGGAGGUAACAAGAGCACUGCAGAUGUUGGAUCUGCCAUGACCACUAGCAAUGCUGACAAUGUUCAAGAGAAGGCAUGUCAAGAUACAUCUCAAAAGGAUACCCUAGCCGACUGCCUGCAGGUUCUGACUCUCGGUUCAAGUGGGGAGGAAGGAAGAUUGAUAGAAUGCCCACCUGGGACAUCAAUCGACCAAACCUCUGACUGCAACGAACAAGUGAAUGGUGCUACAAAUGUUUUGAAUGGUUUUGAUGUUUCCAUAAAUGCAAACACUCUCUCCGGCACAGAGAACGACAAUGUACCUCAUAAAAAAGAAAGGAGUGUUAGAAAUGAAUUAGAUAAAAGAAAGCACAGUGAUCCUGUUGAAAAGCCACAUCAUGCCAUUGCCUCCUCUGCUCCGGAUGUCAGCUCUUCUGAAAAGCCUGCUGCUGAUGAUAAGUCCUCGCAUGGUGCUCAGCGAGCAGGUGUCGAUGUUCAUGUCAACCAGAAGAAAGGCACCGAGGUGAAGUUCCGACGCUUGGAGCUUGGCGAGGGCGUGGCCACCUUGGAGUGCACAAAAGUGGCAGUCAGGGUGCAGUGUGGCAGGUGCCGUUGUAAUGCGGACGUCGUCACGCCCGCGCGGCGUCGCAAUGUGGUGACGUGUGGCCGCUGCUCGCGCACGUGCAGCGUGACGUUUCGCCCAAACCUCAUGCAUCCCUUCAACUCUGUACUGGGCUACUUUGACCUUGUGGACUGCUUUGCUGUGGACCUGGUGCUGUCUGGUUGUGUAUUUGCCCUAGACUGCUUUGGUUGCAACAAGAGGAUGACAGCUGAUGGCAUACAUUAUGGUCAGCGUCGCUCCCUUUGGUGUCAGUUCUGCAAUGCCAAGAUGACUGUACUUAUGGAGUCUGUCAAGUUUCUUCAGCUGCAGGCGUCCAAAGCAGCUGAAAACGCAGGUUCAGCAUUCUCCAUAAAGGCUCCCAAGAUGGUGAAAAACGUUAAGGAUCCUGCCAUUCAGGAAGGCAAGCCUCUUCCAGAUGGAGGCAUUUGCAAGCACUACAAGAAGAGCUUUCGCUGGCUGAGGUUCCCGUGUUGUGGAAAAGCUUAUCCUUGUGACAAGUGCCAUGAUGAGCAGGAGGGUGGCAACCAUGAAAUGAAGUAUGCCACACGAAUGAUUUGUGGCCACUGCUGCAAAGAGCAGCCCUUUGCAGCUGAGAAGCCUUGCACUGGCUGUGCAAACUUCAUGACAAAAAAACCCACAGCACAUUGGGAAGGAGGGCGUGGUUGCCGCGACAGGAUUCGUAUGAGCAGGGAUGACAAUAAGAAGUUCAGUGGAACGGGCAAGACCAUUUCAAGGAAAGCACAAGAGAAGCUCACUGGAAAGAAGUGAUGCCAAGAGGGCUGCUUGGGGAGGUGAAGCGAGAGGUUUAAGGCCUCUUGGAGUACUUUUAUACUGAAGUAAAAAUGGUCUAGUUUU